AUGGGUAUUCCGGCGGCUUUCAGGUGGCUGUCCACCAAGUAUCCCAAGAUCAUCUCGCCCGUCAUCGAGGAUCAGCCGAUUACUAUGCCCGAUGGCACCGUCAUUCCUGUUGACGCGACCAAGCCAAACCCCAAUGGCGAGGAGUUUGACAACCUGUAUCUCGACAUGAACGGUAUCGUCCAUCCGUGCUCUCACCCCGAGGACCGCCCCGCGCCCAAGGAUGAGGAAGAGAUGAUGGUCGAGGUUUUCAAGUACACCGAUCGCGUGGUCAACAUGGUUCGCCCGCGGAAGCUUCUCAUGAUUGCUGUUGACGGCGUUGCCCCCAGAGCCAAAAUGAACCAGCAACGGUCCAGGCGAUUCCGUGCUGCCCGGGAAGCCAUGGAAAAGGAGGAAGACAAGCAAAAGUUCGUCGAGCUGCUCAAGAAACAGAACGGCAAGCCCCAAGAGGAAGAACCCGUAGAGAUCGUCGUCAAGAAGGCUUUCGAUUCCAACUCCAUCACUCCCGGUACACCCUUCAUGGACAUCCUGGCUGCCAGUCUCCGGUAUUGGUGUUCUUACAAGCUUAAUACCGAUCCUGCCUGGGCCAACAUCAAGGUCAUUAUCUCUGACGCCACCGUUCCGGGUGAGGGUGAACACAAGAUUAUGGAAUUCGUCCGCUCCCAGCGUGGUUCCCCCAACCAUGACCCCAAUACUCGGCAUGUAAUCUAUGGACUCGACGCCGAUCUUAUCAUGCUUGGCUUGGCCACGCACGAGCCCCAUUUCCGUGUUCUGCGUGAAGACGUCUUUGCCCAAGAUAGCAGGCCGAGACUGUGCAAGAUCUGCGGUCAAAAGGGACAUGAUGCCAUGAACUGCAAGGGUGAGGCAAAGGAGAAGAAUGGCGAGUUCGACGAGAAGGACGCAGUCGGCAAGGCAUCGCGCUCGGGAAGAAGCUACGGCGGCGUACCGCUGAGCAACAAGAACUACAGUGGAAGGAACGAGCCCAUCAAUUACGGACCUGGCGGCGGUCAACAGGGAGGACGCGGUCGUGGUGGUUACCAAGGUGGUGGAGGACGCGGUGGAGGUAGGGGAGGAGGAUAUGGAGGAAACGGCGGCGGCUACCAAGCUAAUGGUGGUGGUUAUUACAACGGUGGCAACAACGGCGGCGGCGGCGGCGGUGGAUACGGUGGUCAAGCACGAGACUCGUAUGGCCCUCCUCCCGGCUGGCAGCCUCCUCCGCCCCCUGGACUUGCUGGAUUUGGGGUUGGACCUCCUCCGCCUCCGCCCGGUGCCGCGUACGGCGGUGCUCCCGGUGGCGCUGGUUACGGCGGUUUCGGCAACAGUCGCGGAGGAUAUCAAGACAACAGACAUGCACUCCCGCCUCCUCCGCCGCAAGCGUAUCAGGCACAGGGGCAGCAGUACGGCCAGGGCGGGGGCCGCGGCGGCUACCAAGGCCAGGGUAACCAGUACAGGGGACCACCGCGUCAGGAUCGCGGAUAUGACAACCGCGGAGGUUACCGCGGCGGUGGAUAUCGUGGCGGCGGUGACAACCGGGGGUAUAGGUAAAACCCUUUCCCUAAAGAGUGCUGGGGACUAGCGGAGGAAAGAGUAGUAUAGUAGGAAAAUGCCAAAGCGGAGUUGGUUAAGGAUAGUGUUUUCGAUGUUAUUUUUCUUAUCUUGUUUGUAUAAAUGGGUUUUCAUCUCGAGCUGGUUAUUGGUCUCAAUGUCCAAAUCAAGAGUUGGUCAUAUGCACUUCAAAACAUGUACAUCAUUUCUGGUAGUAUAUAAGAACAAGGGUUGAAGGGCCC